UGUGAACACAACACAAACACACACACAUACACACACACACACACACACACACACACACACACACAGACACAGUCACACCCAGAGUCAAGUGUAUUCAUUUAAUUUUCAAGAGUGAACUGGUUCAACAGGUCAGACUCCAUUUUUACCUUGACGAGCAGAAGGAAGGAAAGUGAGCAGUACCUGCAGAGAGGGGGAGGAGCCUCCAGUGAAAGUGUUCAGACUGGUUCUCACUUCAAGGAGCAGACGGAGGAGACGUGAAGUCUGAGGCUGGUGAGUGUUCAGCUACAUUUGUAUUAUUCAUUCAUAUUAUUUCACUGUCACUGACUCUGGGUCAGUUUUCUACUCGUGGACUUUAGAGAGAAGAAGAUUCAGGAUGAACUUCUGUCAGUCAAUCAACAGUUUGACUCGACGCUGUGAUUGGCUGAGUCCAACACAUUAAACCUUCAACUGUCUCAGGUUAAAGAAACACUGAGUUUACUACCUGGCUUCAUUGUGUGUGUUUGAGCUCACAGUGUUUUUCCUCUCAGACUGAAGAUGAGUGUUUAUGAGGAGGAAGAGGACAGAGCAGAGUCUCCAGGGUUCAGAUGUCUGUCUCUGAAGAGUGACUGGUCCAUGGAUCAUCCUCUAAACUUCAGUAAUGAACCUGGACCCUCAACCACAAAAGGUCAGGACCACAGACUGAGAGCAGAGUCUCCAGGGUCCAGCUGUCUGUCUCUGAAGAGUGACUGGUCCAAAGAUGAGCCUCUAAACUUCAGUAAAGAACCUGGACCUUCACACACAGAGGAGAGGAAGAGGAGUCAUGUUUCUGAGGAGGAGCAGUCGUCCUGCUGUGCUUCGUGUCAGGACGUCCUGAAGGAUCCAGUCUCCACCAGCUGUGGACACUGGUUCUGCAGACAGUGCAUCACCUCAUACUGGGACCAGUCUGGUUCUUCAGGAAACUCCUCCUGUCCCCAGUGUGGACAAAGAUCCAGAACAGGAGCUGGAGCAGAUCGUGGUCUGCAGGAGGUUUCAGAUGAACAUAAGCUCAGUGUGAGGAGGAGAUGUGAACAUGUGACUGAAGGAAGUGAUGAAACAGGAAGUAGAACCCUCCUCAACAGGAUCUAUACUGAGCUCCACAUCACAGAGGGACAGAGUGAAGAGGUUAAUACUCAACAUGAGGUGAGGCAGCUUGAGACGGCUUCCAAGAUGAAGAUCCUCCAGGACACUCCCAUCAAGGUCCACGACAUCUUUAAAGCCUCCACUGACCAGCAGAGCAGCAUCAGAGUCGUCCUGACCAACGGCGUCGCUGGCGUUGGAAAAACCUUCUCGGUGCAGAAGUUCACUCUGGACUGGGCAGAGGGUUCAGAGAACCAGGAUGUGGGUCUGCUGGCUGUGCUUUCGUUCAGGGAGCUGAACCUGGUGAAGGACCAGCAGCACAGUCUUCUCACGCUGCUCCAUGUUUUCCAUCCAGCGUUACAGAAGCUCACUGCAGAGACGCUCGCUGUCUGUAAACCUUUGUUCAUCUUUGACGGCCUGGAUGAAAGCAGACCUUCUCUGGACUUCAACCACAGGGAGCUUGUGUCUGAGGUCACACAGAGGUCAUCAGUCAACCUGCUGCUGACAAACCUCAUCCGGGGGAAUCUGCUUCCCUCGGCUCUCGUCUGGAUAACCUCCAGACCUGCGGCGGCCAAUCAGAUCCCUCCUGCAUGUGUUGACAGGGUCACAGAAGUACGAGGCUUCACUGAGGCCCAGAAGGAGGAGUACUUCAGGAGGAGGUUCAGUGAUGAAGAGCUGUGCAGCAGAAUCAUCUCACACAUCAAGACGUCCAGGAGCCUCCACAUCAUGUGUCAAAUCCCAGUCUUCUGCUGGAUCAGUGCUACAGUUCUGGAGCACAUGUUGACCACAGACCAGAGAGGAGAGCUGCCCAAGACCCUGACUGACCUGUACUCACACUUCCUGCUGGUUCAGACAAAGAGGAAGAACAACAAGUACGGUAAGAAGAGGACUGACAGAGAUGUUCUCCUGAAGCUGGGGAGGCUGGCACUUAAACAUCUGGAGGAAGGAAACAUCAUGUUCUACCAAGAAGACCUGGAGCGGUGUGGUCUUAAUGUCACAGAGGCCUCGGUCUACUCAGGAGUUUGUACUGAGAUCUUCAGAAGAGAGUGUGUGAUCUUCCAGAAAUCAGUCUACUGCUUUGUUCAUCUGAGCGUUCAGGAGUUUCUGGCUGCAGUCUACAUGUUCCACUGUUACACCGAGAGGAACACAGAAGAACUCAACAACUUCUUGGGAACAAAUGGGAACACAGACAGUACCUUCUCCCUGGAUGACCUCCUGAAGAGAACCAUGGAGAAAUCCCUCACUAGUACAAAUGGUCAUCUGGACCUGUUUGUUCGCUUCCUUCACGGCCUCAGUCUGGAGUCCAACCAGAGAGUCUUAAGAGACCUGCUGGGUCAGACAGAGAUCAUCCAGAGAGUCAUCAACAACCUGAAUGAGAUGAAGAGUGAUGACAUUUCUCCUGACAGAAGCAUCAACAUCUUCCACUGUCUGACUGAGAUGAACGACCACUCAGUUCAUCAGCAGAUGAAACAGUUCCUGACGUCAGAGAACAGAUCAGAGGAGAAACUCUCUGAGAUCCACUGCUCAGCUCUGGCCUACAUGCUGCAGAUGUCAGAGGAGGUUCUGGAUGAGUUGGACCUGAAGAAGUUCAACACAUCAGACCAGGGUCGAUGGAGACUGAUCCCAGCUGUGAGGAACUGCAGGAAGGCUCAACUCCAUUGGUGUGAACUCUCAGAGACUCACUGUGAAGUCGUGGCCUCAGCUCUGAAGUCAGACCCCUCACAUCUGAGAGAACUGGAUCUGAGCUUCAACAACCUGCAGGAUUCAGGAGUGAAGCUGCUGUGUUCUGGACUGGAGAGUCCAAACUGUCGACUGGAGACUCUAUGGUUGAAGAGGUGCAGUCUGACAGAGAUCAGCUGUUCUUCUCUGGCUUCAGCUCUGAGGUCAAACCCCUCUCAUCUGAGAGAACUGGAUCUGAGUGGAAACAUCCUGAAGGACUCAGGAGUGAAGGAGCUGUGUGGUUUUCUACAGAGUCCAACCUGUCGACUGGAGACUCUGAGGUUGAGGAGGUGCAGUCUGUCAGAGAUCAGCUGUUCUUCUCUGGCUUCAGCUCUGAGGUCAAACCCCUCUCAUGUGAGAGAACUGAAUCUGAGGAACAACAACCUGAAGGUCUCAGGAGUGAAGGAGCUGCUUGAUCUACAGCAGAGUCCAACCUGUCGACUGGAGACUCUGAGGUGGAGGGGGAGGUGAUCUUUGUGGAGCUGAGUGUGAAGAGGACAGUGUGUGUGGACGGAGGCUGAGCUGUGUCCUGAGGAUCCAGAGGCUGAAGCAGCAGCAGCUUGUGUGUAGUCUCCAAUCUACACAACCCCUAAUCUGCAUGUGUUUGUGAGAUGAAGCCGGAGCACCUGGAGAAAACACGGGGAGAACAUGCAGACUCCACACAGGAAGACCCAUCUGAACCGGAUUCAAACCAGCAACCUUCCUGCCCCGAUUGUGUUUAUUCACAUGAAGAAUGUGUUUAUUGAAAUGACACAACACAAGCAGAAUAUAUAAACCUUCUAUAAAGACUCACAUCCAGUGUGUUUAAGUUUGUCUUUAUUAUUGUCCACCUUUGUCCCUCAGUGUGUCUCCAUGUGUGUAGAACCACAUUCUGUGUAUUUGUUUGUUUAUGAUCUUAAAGUUCCUGGAUUCACGUCACAAAUGGAUUUAGUUCAACACAAAGUUCAACACAUUGAAAUAACUUUGAGUUUAAAAUCAGAGUUUUGUCUUUGACACAAAAGAUCAAAACUCUGGACUUAAAAAUGGGACGUUUUCAUUUGUGCAUCAGGUGCAGAGCGGUGGUGGCUUUUCUACUUUUGACCCACAGGUGGCGCUGCAGUAUAACAGCAGCACAUCCCAGUCAAAGCCUUUAUAUUCAGUCUAUGAGUCAAACACAUGGAUCAUUUCCUCUGUGACAAACCAGAUGUAACGAGAAGAAAAACAUCUCAGAGAGAAAAGUUCUGUUUCUACUUGUCUCUGCUUUAAUGCUCAAUAAACAUCCUUCCACCGA